GUGACAGGGACGAAGGUAUCGAGAGCAAUGGAGGAAAUAACUGGAGCUCAAAUAAUCGCUGAAGCACUGAAAGCGCAAAACUUGGAGUACAUGUUUGGAAUAGUUGGUGUUCCUGUAAUAGAGGUGGCAAUGGCUGCUCAGGCUGCAGGCAUAAAGUAUGUAGGCAUGAGAAAUGAACAGGCGGCUUGCUAUGCUGCAUCAGCUGUGGGAUAUUUAACAGGAAGGCCAGGAGUUUGUCUAGUUGUGUCUGGUCCGGGACUCAUCCAUGCCUUAGGAGGAAUGGCAAAUGCUAACAUGAACUGCUGGCCUGUUAUUGUUGUUGGGGGCUCUUCAGACCAAAACCAGGACACAAUGGGGGCAUUUCAAGAGUUUCCACAGGUAGAGGCAUGUAGGCUGUACAGCAAGUUCUCUGCAAGACUCAGCAGCCUUGAAGCCAUUCCAUCAGUGAUUGAGAAGGCUGUUAGAAGCAGCAUAUAUGGCCGCCCAGGGGCUUGUUAUGUUGACAUUCCAGGGGACAUGGUUAAUGGCAGAGUGGAAAGGGCAAAAGUCAAGGUGGUCUCCUGUUGCUUGCCUCCUCCGGUGGCUAUGGCAGAGCCUCAGGCCAUCGCUCAAGCAGUGUCUGUGCUGAAGAAAGCCAUGAGGCCUCUCCUCAUCAUUGGAAAAGGUGCAGCUUAUGCCAGAGCUGAAUCUAAGAUCCUGGAUCUGGUGAAUCUUUGCGGAUUUCCAUUUUUGCCUACCCCAAUGGGAAAAGGAGUGGUACCAGAUAAUCACCCAAACUGUGUGGCUGCUGCCCGAUCUAGGGCCUUGCAGCAGGCUGAUGUGAUUUUGCUUCUUGGUGCUAGACUGAACUGGAUACUGCACUUUGGACUUCCUCCACGGUUUCAACCCAAUGUGAAGUUCAUUCAGGUUAAAUAUUUACCAUAUCCACCUUUCAGUUAUUGGCUAACUAUCAUUGAAUAAUAUCGCAAUUACUGG